AUGCCGAAGGUCAAGCAACAAGCAACGCUCUCUGGCCUGGUUGAUUCUGAUUCUGACGACGACCAAUUUGGAAUGCCAACACCCGACUCUGCAGCAGAGAACAAGAUGCACGUAAAGAAGGCACGUGGAAGACCAAAGGCUGCGCCUGCGAAACCAGCUCCAACUAAAGUCACGAAGACGAAAGCAAAGGUUCCUGCGCGUCGCUCUAGUGGUCGCCUGGUCGCAAAGGCAUUGGAAAUGGAUGCAGCGCCCGCGCCCACGAAGUCUAAGAGACCGGCGCUUAAGGACAAGACAAAUCAAUAUGCUGGCGACGAGGACGAGCUUGACGAAUCUGAUAACGACGUGGUAAUGGAGGGAACAGUGGAAGACUCGAUGGUUGCCACGAGGAAGACGAAACCAAAGGUCGCGAAGAAGACUACCACGCUUAAGGGGCGCGCUGCGAAGGUGGCUGCGGCAAAUGAUAGUAUUGUUGAGGAUGCUCCGGAAGUGGGUAAGCCAAAAGCGCGUGCAACGAAGAAGACAGGACCAGCGAAGAAGGAAAAGCCAGUGGACCCCUCCCCAGAGAAGAUCAUUCAGGAAACUCAGUACGAAGAAAUGCAGAUGGACGUUGACGCGGAUGAGGAUGAAGUAGUUGGAGAUUUAGUAUCAAAGCCAUCACGUAGCGUUUCUCGUACACAUUCCCAUUCUCGGCAACGCCAACCUUCAGCACAUCGACGACGAGCUGGAAGUGCAUCUGAUACAGAGAGGAGUGAUCCGAAUUUGAGGCGCAAGCUUGGAGAAAUCACCAAGAAGUACGAGGUAUUGAACAUCAAGUACCAAGAUCUACGGCAAAUAGGCGUUAAGGAAACAGAAAAAAAUAUGGAUAGGUUGAGGAAAGAGGGGGAGGCCUCAAAUAAGAAUGCCAGCGAGUUGAUCAAGUCUCUCAAAGCAGACUUAGCUGUCCAAACUGCAGCAGCAAAGAAACUUGAUGGACUUAAGCAGAAGCUCGAGGCCCAGACUGUAGAGUCGGGAACGCUCAAAGAGCAAAUUGCGAAGCUGAAGGCAAGCCUAUCGGAAGCUCAAUCAGAGAGCAAGACUCUUUCAGCCAAGCUAGCAGCUAUGCGAACGGCAUCUGCUUCUGUUGAGAGUGCCCAUUCGAAGCCCCCAGGAAGUGCGAUAAAGGCCAAUGGUGGCAUUCGACUGAUGGGCACAGCUGAAGCAGCUCAAGCUGCACAAGCGGCUCAAUUGAAGGAAGAUCUGUACAGUGACCUCACUGGCCUGAUCAUGAGAAGCGUGAAACGAGAAUCAGAAGAAGAUAUCUUCGACUGUAUCCAGACUGGACGCAAUGGCACUUUACACUUUAAGCUCGCUGCAGCAAAUGAGAAGACGGCAGAGAGUUAUGACGAUGCUCAAUGUAGCUAUAUUCCACAACUUGACCCAAGCAGGGACAAGGCUUUGAUGGAGCUGCUUCCUGAUUAUUUGGUUGAUGAGAUUACAUUCCCAAGACCUCAGGCCGCAAAAUUCUACGCUAGGGUCGUAAAGGCUUUGACCGAGAAGCCAAUCUGA